AUGACAAGGACGUUUUCCGCAUUGCCAUGGAGAAUGGAGAAGAAGUGCAAAGACGUUGUGGGUGAGUGUUGCGUUAAAGACGAUCAGGAGCACAUCUCACUCACUGAUGAUGCUAAGAAGAAUGCGUGGAGAGAACACUACAACCAUCUGCUGAAUGUUGAGUUUUCAUGGUCCCAUGAAGACCUACCUCCUGCUUACCAAGUUGAGGGACCUCCAAUCCUGGUAACAUCUGAAAUGGUGGCAAGGGCAGUGUGCAAAAUGAAGCAGGGCAAAGCGGCCGGUCCCUGUGGUGUUGUGGCUGAGAUGCCUCUCAUUGCCGAGAAGAGGAUUCCUGUAGACUGGGACUUGAGCCACAUCCUCAACUUCUACAAAGGGAAAGGCGAUGCGCUGGAAAGGGGAAAUUACAGAGGCCUCAAACUAACGGAGCACUGCUUGAAAAUAGUUGAGAGAGUGCUGGAGAAGGUGGGCCGAAGUUUGGUGUCCAUUGAUGAGAUGCAGUUUGGAUUCGUGCCUGGCAAGGGAACGACAGACGCUAUUUUUGUUGUGCGACAGCUCCAAGAAAAACAUCUGGCUAAAGGAAAGAGUUUGUUCUUUGCCUUUGUAGACCUAGAAAAGGCAUUUGAUCGCGUUCCUCGUGAUAUCUUAUGGCGGGCAAUGCGUCGCCUGGACCGGAGUGGUUCGUCAGUACAAUACAAGCAAUGUACUCCCAUGCCUCAAGUAGAGUGUGCGUCAGCAAUUCCCUUAUGGACAGCUUCAAGGUACAAGUUGGUGUCCACCAAGGCUCUGUGCUGA